AUGCGCGCAGCCGGGACCUCCACGAGCCUUUCCUGUGCGCUGGCUGUAGCCAACUUGCAGCUUAUGCUUCCACCACUGUCUGGACUUCUGCUGCUGCUGCUGCCACUCCUGUCACCGGUAAGCCAAGCCCUGGCCCAGCCCGCGACCCCUGGCCGGGCAUUUCUGUCCUCAGGUCUCGCAGGGACUGUGGGGAUCCCCGCCAAAGAAGCCAUAGUGCUGGCGAACCGCGGGCUCCGGGUGCCCUUCGGUCGGGAGGUCUGGCUGGACCCUCUGCACGACCUGGUGCUGCAGGUGCAGCCAGGGGACCGCUGUGUGUUGACCGUGCUGGACAAUGACGCGCUGGCCCAGCGGCCCGGUCGCCUGAGUCCCAAACGCUUCCCUUGCGACUUUGGCCCUGGCGAGGUGCGCUACUCUCACCUGGGAGCGCGCAGCCCAUCGCGGGAUCGAGUCCGGCUGCAGCUGCGCUAUGACUCGCCGGGAGGGGCGGUGGUGCUGCCGCUCGUGCUGGAGGUGGAGGUGGUUUUCACCCAGCUGGAGGUCGUGACUCGGAACUUACCCCUCGUAGUGGAGGAGCUGCUGGGGACCAGUAAUGCCCUGGACGCACGGAGCCUGGAGUUUGCCUACCAGCCUGAAACGGAGGAGUGCCGCGUGGGCAUCCUGUCCGGCUUGAGCGCGCUGCCUCGCUAUGGUGAACUUCUCCACUACCCGCAGGUCCCGGGCGGAGGCAGGGAUGGGGGCGCCCUGGAGCCUCUCCUGAUGGACUGCAAAGCUUUCCAGGAGCUGGGCGUGCGCUACCGCCACACAGCCCCCAGUCGCUCCCCGAACAGAGACUGGGUGCCCAUGGUGGUGGAGCUGCGCGCCCGGGGAACUCCGGUGGAGAGCCCCGCUUUGAAGCGCGAGCACUUCCAGGUGCUGGUGAGGAUCCGCGGAGGGACGGAGAACACUGCCCCCAAGCCCAGUUUUGUAGCCAUGAUGAUGAUGGAGGUGGACCAGUUUGUACUGACCGCCCUGACCCUGGACAUGCUGGCAGCUGAGGACGCUGAGUCCGCCCCUGACCUGCUGGUCUUCAACCUCACCUCUCCAUUCCAGCCUGGCCAGGGCUACCUGGUGAGCACUGAUGACCGCAGUCUGCCUCUGUCCUCCUUCACACAGAGAGACCUGCGCCUCCUGAAAAUCGCCUACCAGCCCCCUUCUGAGGACUCGGACCAGGAGCGUCUCUUUGAAUUAGAGCUGGAGGUAGUGGACCCCGAAGGGGCAGCCUCUGACCCCUUUGCCUUCAUGGUGGUGGUGAAGCCCAUGAACACCCUGGCUCCGGUGGUGACCCGGAACACAGGGCUCAUUCUUUACGAGGGUCAGUCCCAGCCCCUCACAGGCCCUCCGGACGUUGGACCGCAGAACUUGGUCAUCAGCGAUGAGGACGACCUAGAGGCAGUGAGGCUGGAGGUGAUUGCUGGACUCCGGCAUGGUCACCUCGUCCUUUUGGGCACCCCCUCUGGUCACUCGGCCCCCAAGACCUUUUCUGUGGCCCAGCUGGCAGCUGGUCAGGUGCUCUACCAGCAUGAUGACAGAGAUGACUCCCUGAGUGACAACCUGGUGUUUCGCAUGGUGGACGGGGGAGGCAGGCACCAGGUGCAGUUCCUGUUCCCUGUCACCUUAGUGCCGGUUGACGACCAGCCCCCGGUCCUCAACGCCAACACAGGCCUGACGCUGGCAGAGGGUGAAACAGUGCCCAUCCCACCCCUCACUCUGAGUGCAACAGACAUGGACUCUGAUGACUCCCUUCUGCUUUUUGUGCUGGAGCCCCCCUACUCAGCUGUGGGUCACUUGCUUCUCCGCCAGACCCAUCCUCCCUUCGAGGAGGACCUCCUCCGGGGGCCUUGGAGGAAGCAAGGGUCGUUCUAUGAGCGCACGGUGACAGAGUGGCAGCAGCAGGACAUCGUGGAGGGGAGGCUGUUCUACAGACACUCGGGCCCCCACAGUCCCGGGCCAGUCACGGAUCAGCUCAUGUUCAGGGUCCAGGAUAACCAUGACCCCCCUAAUCAGUCAGGCCUUCAGAGGCUGGUGAUACGAAUCCAUCCAGUGGACCGUCUUCCCCCUGAGCUGGGCAGUGGCUGUCCCCUUCGGAUGGUGGUACAGGAAUACCAACUCACACCCCUUAAGAAGAAGUGGCUGCGAUACACCGACCUGGACACAGAUGACCGGGAAUUGCAUUAUACUGUGACCCAGCCCCCCAUGGACACAGAUGAAAACCACUCACCCGCCCCUCUGGGUACCUUAGUCCUGGCUGACAACCCCUCAGUCACGGUAACCCAUUUUACCCAAGCCCAGAUCAACCACCAUAAAAUUGCUUACAGGCCCCCCGAUGAGGAGCUGGGAGUGGCUGCCCGCGUGGCCCAGUUCCUGUUCCAGGUGGAGGAUCAAGCUGGAAAUGUGGCCACAGGAACCUUCACCGUUUACCUGCAGCCCGUGGAUGACCAGCCACCUGAGAUACUCAACACAGGCUUCACUGUUCAGGCAAAAGGCCACCACGUCCUGAGUGAGACCGAGCUGCAUGCCACUGAUGUGGACACUGAUACAGCCCACAUCUCCUUCACGCUCACGCAGCCUCCCAAGCAUGGCCACGUGCUCGUGUCCAGACAGAGGCUGCAGGUGGGUGGCAUCUUCCACCUUGCAGACAUUAAGCAGGGUCAGGUGUCCUACGCCCAUGCUGGGGGUGAGUCCCUGACUGAUAGCUACUCCUUGGAAGUCAGUGACAGACACCACGUGGUACCCAUCACUCUCAAAGUGAGCAUCCGACCAGUAGACCAUGAGGUGCCCCUGACAAGCCUUCAUGCUGGCACGCUGAGGUCCUACCUAGAUGUUCUGGAAAAUGGAGCUGCUGAGAUUACUGCCCACGUGAUCAAGGGGACCCAUGAGGACACUGAUGAUCUGAUGUUGACUUUCCUCUUGGAGGACCCACCCGUGCAUGGGGAAAUCCUCAUCAAUGGAGCCCCCGCAGAGCAGUUUACCCAAAGAGACGUCUUAGAAGGGUCUGUUGUCUAUGCUCACACUAGUGGUGAGAUUGGCUUAUUGCCCCGAGAGGACUCUUUCAACCUGAGUCUGUCAGCUAUGUCUCAAGAAUGGCGAGUAGGUGGCAGGACUGUCCGAGGAGUUACCGUGUGGGUGACCAUCCUCCCUGUUGAUAACCAGUCUCCAGAAAUUUCUGUGGGUGAAAGGUUUACCGUCAUGGAAGGUGAGAAAGGUCUCAUAACCUCGACACACAUCGAUGCCGAAGACAUCGAUUCCCUCAACGAUGACAUCUUGUGCACACUCAUGACCCAGCCUGCCUCAGGUUACCUUGAGAACAUUUCUCCAGCACCAGGCUCAGAGAAAUCAAGAGCGGGUAUUGCCAUCAGCGCCUUCCACCUGAAAGACCUCAGGCAGGAUCACAUUAACUACGUGCAGAGCGUCCACAGAGGGGUGGAGCCGGUAGAAGACAGAUUUAUAUUUCGGUGCUCUGAUGGCAUUAAUUUCUCUGACAGAUAUUUUUUCCCCAUCGUUAUCAUUCCCACCAACGAUGAACAGCCCGAACUCUUCAUGAGAGAAUUUAUGGUGAUGGAAGGCAUGAGUCUGGUCAUCGACACCCCCAUCCUCAAUGCUGCUGAUGCUGAUAUCCCCCCAGAUGUCUUAACUUUCACCAUUACCCAGUUUCCCACCCACGGCCACAUCAUGAACCAGUUGAUCAACGGGACAGUUUUGCUCGAGAGUUUCACCCUGGACCAGAUCGUGGAGAGUUCUAGCAUCAUAUAUGAGCACGAUGACUCCGAGACACAGGAGGACAGUUUUGAGAUUAAGCUCACAGAUGGCAAGCAUUCAGUGCAAAAGACAGUUCUCAUCCUGGUUAUCCCAGUUGACGAUGAGACCCCCAGGAUGGCCAUUAACAAUGGGCUAGAAAUAGAAAUUGGGCAAACCAAAAUUAUCAGCAACAAGGUAUUAAUGGCCACCGAUCUGGAUUCUGAAGACAAAGCCUUAGUUUAUGUUAUUCGUUAUGGUCCUGGGCACGGCUUCUUACAGAAACGAAAACCGUCAGGUGCCUUUGAAAAUAUAACUUUGGGGAUGAACUUCACCCAGGAUGAAGUGGACAGAAACCUCAUUCAGUACGUCCAUUCUGGGCAGGAGGGCAUCCGGGACCUGAUUAAGUUUGAUGUAACCGAUGGGACCAACGCCCUAAUAGAUCGCUACUUUUACGUGUCCGUGGGCAGUGUUGACGUGGUCUUCCCUGAUGUGGUGAGUAAGGGCGUGUCUCUGAGAGAAGGGGGGAAGGUGACCCUCACCACAGACCUGCUAAGCACCAGUGACUUGAACAGUCCGGAUGAGAGCCUGGUUUUUACCAUCACCAGAGCUCCUGUGAGAGGCCACUUGGAGUGCACAGACCAGCCUGGCGUGUCCAUCUCGUCCUUCACGCAGCUCCAACUGGCUGGCAACAAGAUCUACUAUAUCCACACAGCUGAGGAUGAGGUCAAGAUGGACAGUUUUGAGUUCCAGGUCACUGACGGCCGGAACCCCGUCUUUCGGACCUUCCGGAUCUCCAUCAGCGACGUGGACAACAAGAAGCCGGUAGUGACCAUCCACAGCUUGGUCAUCAGCGAGGGUGAGAACAAGCUGAUCACACCCUUCGAACUCACUGUGGAAGACCGAGACACUCCCGACAAGCUCCUGAAGUUCACGGUUACCCAGGGGCCUGUGCAUGGCCACCUCCUCUUCAACACCACCAGGCCUGUCAUGGUCUUCACCAAACAGGACUUGACCGAGAACUUGAUCAGCUACAAACAUGAUGGCUCCGAGUCCAGCGAGGACAGCUUCUCCUUCACCGUGACCGAUGGCACCCACACCGACUUCUACGUGUUUCCUGACACGGUAUUCGAGACCAGGAGACCCCAAGUGAUGAGGGUCCAGGUCUUGGCUGUUGACAAUAGGGUACCCCAAAUGGUGGUCAAUAAAGGUGCUUCCACUCUUCGUACCUUGGCCACUGGUCAUCUAGGGUUCAUGAUCACAAACAAGAUCUUGAAAGUGGAGGACAGAGACAGCUUGCAUGUGUCGCUCAGGUUUAUUGUCACGAAGACCCCUCAGCAUGGCUACCUCUUCAACCUGGGCAGAGGCAACCACAGUGUCACCCGGUUCACACAAGCUGACAUUGAUGACAUGAAAAUAUGCUACGUCUUACGGGAAGGGGCGAAUGCCACAAGUGAUGUGUUCCAGUUUACAGUUGAAGACGGUGGAGGAAACAAACUGACCAAUCAGCAUUUUCAUUUGAGUUGGGCGUGGAUCUCCUUUGAGAAGGAGUAUUACCUGGUCAACGAGGACUCACCGUUCCUGGAUGUUGUUCUUAAACGCAGGGGUUACUUGGGAGAAACUUCGUUUAUAAGUAUUGGCACGAGAGACGGCACUGCGCAAAGAGACAAAGACUUCAGGGGCAAAGCUCAGAGGCAAGUGCAGUUCAACCCAGGCCAGACGCGGGCCACGUGGAGGGUGCGCCUGGUGAGCGACGGCCAGUACGAGAGGUCCGAGAGCUUCCAGGUGGUCCUGUCCGAGCCCGUGCUGGCGGCCCUCGAGUUCCCGGCCGAGACCACGGUGGAGAUCGUGGACCCCGGAGACGAGUCGACGGUCUUUAUCCCCCAGUCUGAAUACUCCAUCGAAGAAGAUGUUGGAGAACUCCUCAUUCCCAUCAGGAGGAGCGGAGACGUGAGCCAGGAGCUGAUGGUCGUCUGUUCUACACAACAAGGGACGGCCACUGGAACUGUCCCGACGUCGGUACUGUCCUAUUCUGAUUACAUAUCCCGGCCUGAGGACCACACCAGCAUCAUCCGAUUUGACAAGGGCGAGCAGGAGAAGGCAUGUCGGAUCGUUAUCAUCGAUGACUCCUUGUACGAAGAGGAGGAGGCUUUCCAGGUCCUCCUGACUUCACCCAUGGGGGGCAGGAUUGGGUCAGAGUUUCCCAGUGCCCGAGUUAUCAUUGUUCCCGAUAAAGAUGACGAACCAGCCUUCUACUUCGGCGACGUGGCGUACUCCGUGGACGAAGGUGCCGGCUCCGUGGAGGUGCGUGUGUGGAGGGCGGGCACCGACCUGUCUCCGCUGUCCAGUGUCACAGUGCGGUCUCGGAAGACAGACCCACCCUCAGCAGAAGCUGGAUCAGACUAUGUAGGAAUCAGUCAUAAUUUGGACUUUGCACCAGGAGUCAACAUGCAGACCGUUCGUGUGAUCAUUCUGGAUGACUUGGGACAGCCAGUGCUGGAGGGGGUCGAGAAAUUCGAACUGGUGCUGAGGAUGCCUAUGAACGCUGCCCUCGGGGAGCCUAGCAGAGUCACCGUGUCCAUCCAUGACUCUGUCUCCGACUUGCCCAGGAUGCAGUUCAAGGAGCGAGUCUAUACUGGCAGUGAAAAUGAUGGGCGAAUUGUCGCUCUGAUCCACAGGACAGGUGAUGUCCAGUUCCAGUCCUCCGUGAGGUGCUACACGCGCCAGGGGUCAGCCCAAGUCAUGAUGGACUUUGAGGAGCGCCCCAACACUGACUCCUCCGUCAUCACCUUCCAACCUGGUGAGACCGAAAAGCCUUGUGUCCUUGAGCUGAUGGACGAUGCCUUCUACGAGGAGGCCGAGGAGCUCCGCCUGGUCCUUGGCACCCCACGAAGCAACUCUCCCUUCGGAGCUGCGAUUGGGGAACAGAAUGAAACUCUGAUUAGGAUUCAAGACGAUGCUGACAAAACUGUUAUUAAAUUUGGAGAAACCAAAUUUAGUGUCCGUGAGCCCCAGGAACCAGGACAAUCCGUGGUUAUAAAAAUUCCAGUGGUUCGCCAAGGAGACACCUCGAAGGUCUCCGUCGUGAGAGUCCACACCAAGGACGGCUCAGCUACCUCUGGAGAAGACUAUCACCCUGUGUCGGAAGAAAUUGUGUUUAGAGAAGGAGAUACCCAGCAUAUGGUUGAAAUUGAAAUAAUCGCUGAUGGAGUGAGAGAGAUGAGAGAAGCCUUCACCGUUCACCUAAAACCUGAUGAAAAUAUGAUAGCUGAGACACAGGUAACCAAAGCCAUCGUGUACAUAGAGGAGAUGAACAGCAUGGCGGACGUCACCUUUCCUUCUGUCCCACAAAUCGUGUCCUUACUUCUGUAUGAUGACACCUCCAGAUCUAAAGACAGUGCUGGCCCCACAUCCGGCUACCCUGUGGUCUGCGUCUCAGCUUGCAACCCCAAAUAUUCCGACUACGACAAGACAAGUUCUAUCUGUGUGAGUGAGAACAUCAACGACACGCUGACCCAGUACCGGUGGCUGACCAGCGCCCCCACGGGCCCUGAUGGUGUGACCAGCCCCAUGAGAGAAGUGGACUUCGACACCUUUGUGACAUCAUCCAAAAUGAUCACCUUGGACUCGAUCUACUUCCAGCCUGGCUCCAGGGUGCAGUGCGCGGCUCGGGCCGUGAAUGCCAACGGGGACGCGGGCCUGGAGCUCAUGAGUCCCGUUGUCACCAUUGGCACAGAGGAUGGUCUGUGCCAGCCCCGCGUGCCAGGGACAGUGGGGGCAGAGCCGUUCUCCGCUAAGCUGCGUUACACGGGCCCUGAGGACCUGCACUACACGAACCUCAUCAAGCUCACCGUCACGAUGCCGCACAUAGAUGGCAUGCUGCCGGUCAUCUCCACUCGGGAGCUCUCCAACUUCGAGCUGACCCUCAGUCCAGAUGGCACAAGAGUUGGGAACCACAAGUGUUCCAACCUCCUGGAUUAUACGGAAGUGAAGACUCGCCAUGGCUUCUUGACUGAUGCCACAAGGAAUCCAGAAGUCCUGGGAGAGACGUAUCCUUAUCAGUACAGCCCAACUCUCCGUGGUUCCAGCACCCUCCGCUUCUACCGAAACCUGAACCUCGAGGCCUGUUUGUGGGAGUUUGUCAGCUACUAUGACAUGUCUGAACUCCUCACUGACUGUGGAGGGACCAUCGGAACGGACGGGCAGGUGCUGAAUCUCGUGCAGUCCUAUGUGACCCUCCGGGUUCCGCUGUACGUCUCCUACGUGUUCCAUUCUCCUGUGGGCAUUGGCGGCUGGCAGCAUUUUGAUCUGAAGUCAGAGCUCCGUUUGACAUUUGUGUAUGACACUGCCAUCUUGUGGAAUGAUGGGAUCGGCAGCCCACCAGAAGCUGAGCUCCAAGGUUCUCUCUACCCAACCAGCAUGCGCCUCAGUGAGGAGGGGCGCUUGGUGGUGAACUUCAAGACAGAGGCUCAAUUCCAUGGCUUGUUUGUGCUGUCACAUCCAGCGUCCUUCACGAGCUCCAUGAUCGUGUCAGCGGACCACCCAGGCCUCACGUUCUCCCUCCGCCUGGUGCGCAGCGAGCCCACCUACAACCAGCCGGUGCAGCAGUGGAGCUUUGUGUCUGACUUCGCGGUCCGGGACUACUCAGGGACCUACACUGUGAAGCUCCUGCCCUGCACCACUCCCCCACACCAGGAGUAUCGUCUGCCGGUCACCUGCAACCCCAGGGAGCCCAUUACCUUUGACCUGGACAUCCGAUUCCAGCAGGUGAGUGACCCAGUGGCAGCUGAAUUCAGCUUGAACACCGAAAUGUACCUGCUGUCCAAGAAGAGUCUCUGGUUGUCUGAUGGAUCCAUGGGGUUUGGGCAAGAAAGUGAUAUUGCUUUUGCAGAAGGUGAUACCAUUUACGGCCGUGUGAUGGUAGAUCCCGUGCAGAAUCUAGGGGAGUCUUUCUACUGCAGCAUUGAGAAAGUGUUCCUGUGCACUGGAGCCGAUGGCUACGUCCCCAAGUACAGUCCCGCUAAUGCAGAAUACGGCUGCCUCGCUGAUUCACCUUCGCUGUUAUAUAGAUUUAAAAUCGUGGACAAAGCUCAGCCGGAGACGCAGGCCACCAGCUUUGGAAAUGUCUUAUUUAAUGCCAAACUGGCCGUGGAUGACCCUGAAGCUACACUCUUAGUCAAUCAGCCUGGAUCAGAUGGAUUUAAAGUGGACUCAACACCUCUCUUCCAGGUCUCCCUUGGCCGAGAAUGGUAUGUCCACGCCAUCUACACGGUCAGAUCCAAAGACAACACCAAUCGAGGUAUCGGUAAGAGAAGUGUGGAGUACCAGUACCAUUCUCUGGCCAGUCCAGGGAUGGCCCAGGCCCCAAGCAAGACCCAGAGGAAGCGAGGGACCAGGAGCGUGCCUCCAGUGACGUGGGAAAUCGGGGCUGAAAAUAACCGAGGAACCAACAUCCAGCACCUUGCCCUGGACCGCAGUGACAAGAAGCAGACCCCUCUGGGGAAAGACCCUCCUGAUGGCAUCCUCCCCCGAGAGUUCAACCACCCGGGCGCUGACAUCAGCCUGGUCACUGUCGCUGGGGCCGUGGCAGUCGGGCUGCUUACCGUCUGUGUCGCAGUCGUUGCAGUGAUGAUGUGCAGGAGCAGAGAGAAGGCCAGGAGGAAGGACGCCCCUCAUAGCUCCGGCAGCAGCGAGCCCGUGAUGCCUGCACACAGCCUCAGCAGCGACAGCUCCGAGGUCUGA